CAGCCAAACUAAAAUUACAAGCUGCCCAAGUUGCUGAACGCUACCACCAACCCAAUUUAUUAAAAAAAGUUAAAAAUUAUUCUCACCUGAUGGCAGAUUUGCGGUCCUUGGACACACUAAUUUUGCAACAAGAAGUCGAAGCAGCCAAAGUAAAACUAUUAGCCGCCGAGAACGCCCAGCAGAUAAGUCAGCAAUUAAAAUUACAAACGGGAUGUGAGGGUUGUGAAUAUACUAAAAGUUUAUUCGCCGCCGAUAAAGUUAAACCUUUGCAAAAAGACUUAGAAAAUAUUCAAUUAGAAGCAGCCGCAUUAGCCGUUUAUAAUACCCAACUAUCCGAGCAAGAAGUAAUUAAAUUAGAAACUGAUUUACGACAAGCUACCCUGGCUCAAACUCGGAUAGAACGCUUAGCCGAAAUUCAGAGCCAACGGGAAAAACUUAAUGAUUACCAACAAAUGGCUGCUCUGGAAACUCUGGAAAAAGCUGCUUAUUGGUGGCAAACAGAUAAGGAAACAUGGCAAGAAUAUGAUUCGGCUCUCAGGCAACUGGAAAAUAUCCGUAAUUUAGAAAAAGAAUUGACUUUAAUUUCCCAAAAGUUAGUCGCCUCCCAGUCAUCGUUGGCGGAAUUAAUUCACGGAGAAAAUGAGGCGCGACAAAAAGAAACUCAAUUUAUCAGUUUGCGAAAAUUAGGAUUAGAAAAAGUUAUUGCCGCUACCAAAAAUGUUGCAACUGUGAAAGAGACCAUAAAAACUCGGACCAAACGCCAGCAACUUAAAAGCGAACUUCCCCAACUGGAAAACAAGUUGGCUACUUGCCAAAAGUGGAUACUGUCUCAGGAAGCCGAACUAACUGACUUACGCUUACAACGCGACCAAACCGUGGGUAUUAUCGCUUCCCUAGACGCCGAGGUGGGGCGGCUUAGUCAGGCUUUGGUGGAGGAAACCCAAAGAGUCCAUUUAUUAACAGAAACGCAAGAGAAAAUUAACCUAAUAACCACCUAUCGAAAGAUUUUAGACCCUAAAACCGGCAUUGCUGACCGUUUACUAAAAAGGUCGCGAGCUUAUUUAGAAGCAGCAGUUAAUUCUGUUCUCGGGGAAUGUGGGGCUUCUUUUCGACUUCAUAUUAACGAAGAAUUAGAAUUAAAUACGACCACUAAUAAUCCGUCUGUACCAGCCUCUAAAAUAUUGCUGGCCGCCACCCUGGGCAGUGCCGAAGUUCCUUUACCAGAUUGUCAAUUUAUUGAUGAAGGAUUUGGCACCUGUGAUGAAACAAACUUAGAAGCAAUAAUCCACUAUUUGGUAGCCAGCACUACUGCUCCUAAUCGGGCGGGCAAAUCGGCUUUAAUUGAUAUUAUUAUUUUUGCUCUUUAUGACGAAUAUCCCCGAGCAGAACGCAAGUUAAACAUUAUUAAUAAACAAACCACUCCUGAUUACUACUUACGGUUAGAUUUUGAAUUAGAUGGUAAAAAGGGUUAUAUUGAAAAAAAAGGCAAAAAAAACCAUAAUAAACAUGAUGCUCACUGUAAGUUAGUCUAUGAUAACCAGGAACUUACCCAAGGAACUAAUACUCUUACUUGCCAAGCCAUAAUCAAAUUAGUGGGAACCUACUCUAAUGCCCAACUUACCGCCAUUUUACAGCAAACUCCCGGAGCCGAUUUUGUCCAGUUAAAACCUAGUGAACGAAAACAAGCCUUAGCACGGCUGUUAGCGUUGGGCUCUUUCGAACAAUUAGCCCAGGAAAUAUAUGAAGAAUAUUUAGAAUUAAGAGGGAAAUUAAGCACUCACCAAGACAAUUUUGCGGGGAAAGAAGUGAGUGAGUUAAGAACAGAACGACAAAUGGCUAUCACUAAGGGCGAACAAGUCCGCCAGCAAGCACAAGUUUUAGAUAACAAAUUGGUGGGGAAAGAAAAAGAGCUCCGUGAUUUUCGAGCCGAAAAAGAGCAAGUGGCCAUUAAUUUAGCCCGUUUACGAGAUAAAAUUACUAAUUUAGGACCCGAAAAUUCUACUAGUUUAGGACAAGCCGAAGCCGAGUUAAAAAAAACCUUAAAAAUAACUCCUCUGGAUAAAGAAUUGUCAGCGGAAGAAGAAUAUAGAACUUAUUUUUUCCAGCCAACAGUCAAUUCUUCGCCUAAUAUUGGGGGAGAUUUAGCAAUAAUUCCCACCCGCUCCCAAGUAUUAGAAAUUAUUCAACAAACUAAGUUAGUUCAAGAAAAAAAACAAGCCCAAGAACCAGCAAUUUUAGCCACUAUUGUUCACUGGGAUGGUCAAAAAUCACGCUUAACUACCCUGUUAGAAACCACCCGCCAAUCUUUAUUGGAAAAUCAUCCUAAAUUGGCAAUAGAUAUGGAAAAAAUGAAAGUAGCAGUUCCCGCUCAGGAAAGGCCAAAAGCACCAGCCGAGGAGGAAAUAUUAGCAGCCCAAAAACUUCUUGCUUCUUUGACGGCAGAAAAAGACUCCGCGCGCACAAUUAUUCUCCAAAACUUAGCCAUAAUUUCUAAUAAUCUAGUUCCUCCCGUCCAAGACGAAAAAGUGGGAGAGUAUGACAAUUUACUGGCUUCUUCCGUUUCUGACCACGAACUAGUGGCGG